GUUACUCACCAAUUCUUAUUUAUGAAGAUGCUACAAAGAAAUUGAAAACAAUCAAGGAAUUGCCAGAACUAAAUAUACACAUUCCAGCCUUGAUUUUUAAUCUUGUAAAAUGUCUAUUAAAUGCCUUUAUGUUAUAUCAAAAAGAAAAAAUUAAAGAUAAUCCAAAUAUGGAUACUCGUCAAAUUUCAAAAAUUGCUAGGAAUGAAUAG